AUGACUCAGGGUCAAGCUACCCAGGCGGAAGAUGUGGAGCCACGUCCUGCCCCUAAGAAGUCAUAUGCAAGAGCGGUUGGGAAUACAUCUUGGCCUAUAAUCGACUCUCUUCCAAAGCCGAUUGAAGCUAUCAACAUCAGGAGAAUUGUAAUUCCUCAACAUAACUAUGAAUCAAAGAGACAGAUGUUUAGAUUUGCACUGAUAGGGCGAGUUAAUUUUCGUUUGAUCUCUUUGGAUGAUCUGCAUAAGGAGGCACGAGAGAAUUGGAAACUGAGUAAGGGGGAGACCAUGCAUCCUUUGGGGAAGGGGUAUGUAAUUUUUCAGUUCCAGUGCGAACAGGAUAAGGCAACAAUAUGGCAGAGCAGUCCUUUAAUGAUGGGGGAGCAGGCGAUCCGAUUCCAGCAAUGGAAAUCAGAUUUUAAUAUCCAUGAGAAACAAUCAUGGUCCAAACUCGUUUGGGUUCGCUUUCUGGACCUUCCCCUCGAGUAUUGGAAUGAGAAUGUGUUGUUGUCUAUUUUAAAUGUAGUAGGGCACCUUGUGGGAUUGGAUCGCAGAACAAGGGAAGGAGUCAUGGAACUCUUCGCCAGAGUUCUAGUCGAUGUGGACAUCUUGGAGGUGGCAACUCGUAUCGAGGAAGUGCAAGUGGAAUGGAUGGAACCAGGAACUACAAAGGUCUUUGGGUUUCACCAGAAGGUGCUGUAUAAAGAUGGACUAGAGUGA